GCUUGGAUAUUAGAGUCAUUAUAUUAGCAAGAUAUGUUAUCAAACAUUUUUGCUAGUUAGCGAACGUUAGGUUGCCAGUUCAAGUAUGGGUAGCAGCCAGGGUUGCCAUGUCUAGCCCCAAAACUAUGGUUGACUGAAAAGACACAACCUAUCCCCUCCGUUCUCAAAUUAAGUGGACACUUCUGAUGACGUCUGACGAGUAUACACUUGCAGGGCGAGGAAGUAAUGAUUUUUUAAUAGACCACACUUGGCCGGAAAUUCGUCACGCGUUCAUCCCGCGAUGAUUGUGUUUUAGCCACAGAUCUAGUAGUUACACCAUUAUACUCAGCAUGGCAAGUGACCAGGAGAUAGCAGCAGUCGGCAAGAUUCUGGUCAACCCAAAGCAGGACCUAACAACACGGUUCAGAGCUCUCUUCACCUUGCGUAACCUGGGCGGACCAGAGGCCAUCGAAUGGAUCAGUCAGGCUUUUUUUGAUGACUCUGCUCUGUUGAAACAUGAGCUGGCAUACUGCCUGGGGCAAAUGCAGGAUGAGACGGCCAUACCCACGCUAGAGACUGUUCUAAAAGACACAACACAGGAGCCUAUGGUCAGGCAUGAAGCAGGGGAAGCAUUAGGAGCUAUCGGGAACCUUAAGGUCCUUGACUUGCUGAAAGAGUACUCAGAGGACCCAGUCAUUGAGGUGGCAGAGACGUGCCAGUUGGCUGUUAGGCGGCUGGAGUGGCUUAUAUCUGGUGGGGACCAUAAAGGAGAAGAGGUCACCGAUGGAAACCCCUACUGUUCUGUGGACCCUGCUCCCCCAGCUCAGAGGAAGACUGUCCCUGAGCUGAGGACACAGCUCCUGGAUGAGAGCCUGCCGCUGUUUGAGCGCUACAGGGCCAUGUUCGCCCUCCGCAACCUGGGCACCGAGGAGGCUGUCCUGGCUCUAGGAGAUGGUCUUCAGUGUAGCAGUGCCUUGUUCCGUCAUGAGAUUGGCUACGUCCUGGGUCAGAUCCAGCACCCCGCCAGCAUCCCCCAGCUGCAGGCAGCCUUGGAGCUGGACGGGGAGAACGCCAUGGUGAGACACGAGUGUGCCGAGGCCCUCGGAUCCAUCGGCAAGGAGGAGUGUAUGAAGAUCCUGGAGCGCUAUAGGAAAGACACAGAGCGCGUGGUGAAGGAGAGCUGUGAGGUAGCCCUGGACAUGCUGGAGUAUGAGAACGGCACACAGUUCCAGUACGCUGACGGACUACUACGACUGCAGGGGGAACAGUAAGCAUGGACACCAGGAGAACUGCUAUACAGCACUAGAAGAGCUUUCUACAGAGGUCAUAACUCAUGAUCACUGAUACCCAUUUUCACUUAUUAAAACUAUCUGACUCUCGCCUGUCAUUUUUAGCCUUUGAGACGAGGCAGUGUAAUAAUUGUAUUACAGUACAUCUGAAGCCAUGUUGUGGUUAUUUUAUUUAUUGUUUUCAUGGAAUCUAUAUGAUUCAAUGGUUCAAUACCCCCGAUCUCAUACGCAUCUGAAAUCAGGAAACCUGAUUGUGGAAGAUUGUUAAUCCACUUUUCAGCUGUGUCAUAUUCGCAUAGAUUUUAUCUUGGCGGAAAUAAUAUAAUAAUAAAAAAAGGCUUAGAUAACAAAAUUAUUCUGUAUUGUCUCAAUGCUGUCACUUAGCGCUAUCAUGGUAGUACGUAGGCUUUCCUUAAGCUUGCCUGUGUUUUAUUCCAGUCAGAUGUGGGAUCAUGAUGGCUCAGGGAGGUGUUGGAUCAAGAUGGCUAAUCCACGCAGACAACGCCAUCAGAGAAAUGAAUAACAGGGUUAUAUAUAAUUAUAAAUACUUUACCAGUUCUUUUCAGCUUUCUCAUUCCCACUGAAACACAUUGCUAUCCUCUGUCUUAACAAAUACAUUUCCACAUAUGCCAUUUAGCAGAUGCUUUUAUCCAAGGCAACUUAGUCAUGCCCUGCAUACAUAUUUAUGUAUGGGAGGCCCCAGUGGGAAUUGAACCCAUGACCCUAGGUGUUGGAAGCACCCGUACUCUACCGCAUGGGUACGCAACACUUUUCCGGGAGUUCCGCAGAUACUGCAGGAUUUUGAUAGGCACCAUACCUGACCAAAAGCUAAUUGAGCUGUUCAGUGAUUAUUCAACACACCCGGUCUGCUAGUUUUGUUAAAUCAAAAACAUGAAGUGCCUGUGGAAGUCUAGGGCAGGGUUGCCUAGCCUGCUCUACCCGGUAAUGUAUGGCUCUUGCAACGCCAAGGGUCUUGGGAUACAUUCCUGCUAAACAGGACCACUUAACAGUACAAACAAACCCCUUUUGUAACCCUGAUCAGGGGAACACUUAAGUGUGGUGUGAUGUAUUUACAUCUUCAGUUGUGAGCUCUGCAGAGAGGGGGGACAGAAAGGCAGCUGUCAGCUCUGUGGAGGGAUAGAGAAUUAGCAGCAUGCUGAGAGGGAGGGCAACCGCUAUAGUAAAAUGGGGUUGAAGGACCCACACUAAACUUAGCUUAACACAGAGCCGUGGAAACAGUACCUAGCCUUCCCUCAACCUGCCAACAACUCCGUCACCAUGAUGCACCCCAUCAUGAUCGGCAUCGUUGUAGUCAACACCUCCAUCACCGUCAUCUACUGGAUCUUCAUCCUCACAGAGGCCUUCCAUAGGAAGAUAGAGGAAGAGGACAAACCUCAGGAUAACCCUGCCUAAAUGACUAACCUUACAGAGUUGUCCUGCUCAGAGUAGAUUGCUUUUAGUGCUUCUGUGUGUCCUGUUUUGUCUGGUGGAACUGCUCAGUCCUCCACAGCUUCAGCACAGUGCUCCUACCAUUGGAGCACAGUUUUACACACAGGUAGUGCAUCUCUUGAAACUGAUCAAUAAAUAUAUUUCUGUAUAUGAUUAGCUGUAUUUCUAACAUGUUAUUUUACAAAGGGUUUUCUGACUCAUUCAUACAGGAAAUGCUAUGACCUUGUCUUGACUCUCUGGCAUUACAGUAUUGAAGCUUAUCUCCAGAUUGGGAAGAGAUUAAAUCAUACACACAUUGCUGAGUGAAAAAAAAAUCAGAUAUCUUGUGUGCAGAUUGAACACUUCUUGAACCCUCCCUUUGUUCGGCUUGAUGUGUCAUCUUAUGGACACCAGACGAUUCUUUUACUACUGCUCACAUAAGGAGAGGAAAAUACAUCAAAUGCAGCUGUAUAUCAGGGAAAUGAAUGGACUGAAGGGCAAACUCAACCAAAGGAUUCUUUGUUUGCAGCUCAACCCAGCAAGGUGGACUUCAAUCAAGGAUGAUCAAUGGAAACAGAAUGCACCUGAGCUAGCUUCAAGUCUCAUAGCAAAGGGUCUGAAUACUUAUGUAAAUAAGACUGGGUCCUAGGCCCACACCCAGAUGAAGAGGAAGGUGCCUGUGAGCCUACAGGAGUGGAGAAGGAGGAGAGGUGGAAGACUGCCGUCGAGGCAAAGAGGUGGAUGACCAUAAAAAUAGAAGAGGAGAGGAAGGGGGUCCUUCCAUUAGUCAAGUCUCCCAGCAUGUAAAAAACAAAGAAUCAACUUUCCUCUCCAGAAAACAGAUUCACAUCUCUAUUAGGCUAAAUGUUAUUCUGACCCCAAUUGACUAAGUUCCCUUGAUAGCAAUACACAGUCCACUCUAUCCUGCUCUCCGCUCUGUCCUCAUUUCCUCCCAGGUUGGCUCCCAAGCAGCCAAAUCCCAUUUCUGUAACUUCUAAACUAAUCCCGUUUUGAUACAAAUUAAAGGAAUCUGCAACCCCAAUCUAUUUACAGCAUCAGAGGCAUAGGAUAAACUAAGUUACUGUAUAUACAAACAAUAUAACUGUUUUACCAUUUUCUGUACUGUAUAGGAUAACACAUGUAGACAGUUUGAACAAUCCAAUGGUGCAGAAACAUUCAUUUGUGGCAGUGCUCCCUGAAAGGUUCCAUUUCCUUUUGACCCCCUGUAGAAAUAACAGUUAGAUCUUUACUAUAAGAUGUCAGCUCACAUUAAUACCAUGGGACUGAGCAGCACCUGGACAAACACACACAGCACUCAUCACUUUUGCUAGUGUUGAGCUUUAUGUGUUGCUGUAACGCUGUAGACGUAAAUACAUCUGUUUGCUUGUGGAUAAGGUGGCCAAAGAGGAUGACCCUUGUUCCAAUAAAGGAAAGACUGGACCUGUCUGUCUUUCUGAAUGUGUA